GAGAAGAAAUAUUAUCAGAGCAAACUGUUUUUUAAUUUGACAAAUGAAUAUUACUUUAAAAGAAUUUUUAACUGUUUAAAGUAUUAUCGUUUUAUAUACAAACAAAUAAAACUUAUGAAUAUGCCGAAGACGAAAAUUCUUUUGGAAGAACAAUUAACUAUCGUAGCGCAAUAUUUUCAGCCACAUGUCUCUUAUUGGGCUAUAAAAACGUGGCUAAAUGAAAUAGCGUUUGCAGUAUUAUCUCGUCUGAUGGAAAAAUAUCCAGCUCAUUCAAUUUUCUCUGCGACUUCAAAGCAACUUUCUUUUUGGCGCAAUAACAACAUUCAUGACAAUUUCUGGAAUAAAACAGAAUCAAAGCAAAUUUUAUGUAUUCUGGAAGAAUAUAUAUUUUCAAAAUUAAAUAUCUAUCGAUUAUUAAUAACAUUAAAUCUCAAAGCCAAAUACAUAAAACAUUUUACAGAAUCUUUUAUUGACAGAAAACAUUUAUUGACUAUCACGUAUCACAUCGUAGCUAGAAGACUCGGCGUAUGUUGCUAUCUAAUAAAAUAUAAAGAUAAUAUUGGAAUCAUGUGGAAACCAAAAUAUAAUACAAGUAUUGGGUGUAAUACAGAAUUCUUUUAUCUAAGUCCGAGCCCUAAUCUAUUUUAUCCAUUGAACGUUAUCAGGCAAUUAUAUCGAAAUAAUAAUGUAUUCUUUUCUGCGCCUGUCCAUUUAUUCAGUCAUAUUUCGAUAACACGUUUUAUAAUGAGUAAUUACCUUCUAAAAUAUCAUCAAAAAUAUUGCAGGGAUUUCAAUAUUAUUUUCAUUUUACUAUACCGAUAUUUUGCAGUAGACAAGCCCAUAAAUAUUGAAAAUAUAUACGAAAUGAUUAUAGAUACAAUAGAGGUUAAUUCUGAGAAAGGCAAAAAAUCAGUAAAAAGAAGGACAAAAGAAAUUAAAUUCGCUGUUGGAAUGGUAGUACGUCAUAGGUGGACAGAUCAUUUUUCUAAUAGCCAUGACGGCGUAAUUAUUGGGUGGCACGAUAAAUGUGACGAAAUGUUCCUAAACAAAAUAAAGAGCCCUUUUUUGCUUCCAUUUUAACGAUGUUUUCCAUUCAGUCAUAUUGGUCAAUGUGAGAAAUUUUUAUCCAGUGCCCAUCGACAUCACUAUAUCCUUCUCACCGAGAAUAAUGAGAUAAGUUAUGCGCAGCAAGGUAUAAUUAUUUUAGUAGCGUUUUUACAAAUCACAUAUGUAAUUUAU